AUCGACCAAGUCGGAGCGUACUUCAAAUCCCUCCUCGAGGAGUGGGAGCGCGAGCUCGAGGCGAAGCCGGAGGAGUGGAUCUACACGGAAGAGGCGAAGCUUCAAGUCGCGAACGUGCGUCUGUGCAGGAACCACAUGAAGCCGUUGUUCAAACGCAUCAAACGCCGGCAACUCCCCGGCGACAUCGAGCGCGCGCUUUUUCUCAUGGUCCAAGCGAUGAAGGCGCGGAACUACCGCCAGGCUGCGGACGUGUACGUCGGCGUCGCGAUCGGCAACGCGCCGUGGCCGAUCGGUGUCACGUCCGUCGGCAUCCACGAGCGCUCCGCGCGCGAGAAGAUCGGCGCGCAGUCGCAAGCGCACGCCAUGCACGACGAGGAGACGCGAAAGUACUUGCAGUCGGUGAAGCGUCUGAUCACGUUCGCGCAGCGGUCGUACCCCACGGUCCCGUCGCUGUCGCUGGACUUCAACUCC